AUGGCAGAUAGAGAACCGUUUGUGGUACCACAGAAAGAGAUUAAAUCGAUGUUUGAUAUCAAGAAGUGGUACUUUUCUAAGGGGUAUGCCGAUUACAUGUCAAUGAUCCAUGAGCUGAACGAUUCAGUUAGAGGCGUGGUAACUACAGAUGAUAUUCCAAUAAAUCCGAACGUUAGCAGUGCUAUUGAUAUGCUUGAUGAUUUUCAGCGUUGGACACUAGAGUAUCCUCCUGAAGACAUGGGUCAGCAACGUUAUGGCAAUAAGGCCUUCCGGAAGUGGUAUCAAAGGCUUACUGAAGAGGUGAAUGAUGCUGUUUAUGCACUACUUCCUGCUGAUAAGAAGGGAGCAUACAUUGAGAUUGCACCAUAUCUGCUUGAUUCGUUUGGCAAUUCGACGCGUAUAGAUUACGGAUCAGGACAUGAAGCAGCAUUUCUGAUGUUCAUGUUGUGUCUGCGGAAGCUUGGUGUCUUUACUGAGGAAGAUAACAGAGCACUUGUUUUGCGCUUGUUUUUGAAAUAUUGGCGCAUUGUUCGUUGCCUACAAGUGACAUAUAGAAUGGAACCCGCUGGGAGUCGUGGUGUACAUGCUUUAGACGACUUUCAUUUUGUACCUUUUAUUUGGGGUAGUUCUCAGCUGAUUGGUCAAAAGCGUUUGGUCCCAGAAUCCUACUUGAACCCUGACUUGGUCGAACAGAACGCGCCUAAAAACCUUUUUUUCGAUGCCAUUCAGUAUAUUAAUGAGACUAAGCAUGGACCGUUCCACGAGCACUCUAAUCAGUUGUGGAAUAUCAGUGCUGUUCAAACUUGGGAGAAGGUGAACUCUGGAAUGUUUAAGAUGUAUGAAGCCGAGGUAUUAAAAAAGUUUCCUGUGGUUCAGCAUUUCUUGUUUGGUUCACUUAUUUCUAUAGAUAGAAGCGGUGAAGUCACUGACCCGAAUUUGUUGGAGGCAGACGAAGCAUCUCGGCAUGCUGAUGGCAAGUCAACAAAAAUGGAACAGAGUAAAACAGCGCAACAGCCAAGUGUAGCAACGGUCUCUCCAUAA